AUGACUAACGCUUUACUCUCUGUAGUCGUUUUGCUUUUAUCAACGCUCUCGCUGGCGCAAGCGAAGACGCACACAUUUAACUGGACCACUGGAUGGGACUACAGAAACGUUGAUGGGCUUAAGAGUCGUCCUGUUAUCACUUGUAAUGACCAAUUUCCAUGGCCGGAUAUCACGGUCAACAAGGGUGACCGCGUGCAGGUCUACUUGACUAACGGAAUGAACAAUACAAAUACUUCUAUGCAUUUCCACGGUCUAUUCCAAAACGGGACGGCCUCGAUGGACGGUGUACCUUUCUUGACACAAUGUCCUAUCGCGCCAGGCAGUACUAUGCUUUACAAUUUCACCGUGGACGACAAUGUCGGUACGUACUGGUACCACUCACACACGGAUGGUCAAUAUGAAGACGGGAUGAAGGGUCUUUUCAUUAUCAAAGACGACAACUUCCCCUACGAUUAUGAUGAGGAACUUUCUUUGUCUCUUAGUGAGUGGUACCAUGACUUAGUUACGGACUUGACAAAAUCGUUCAUGAGCGUUUACAAUCCUACGGGUGCUGAACCCAUCCCACAGAACUUGAUUGUUAACAAUACGAUGAACCUGACAUGGGAAGUCCAGCCGGAUACCACGUACCUAUUAAGGAUUGUUAAUGUUGGUGGGUUUGUGUCUCAGUACUUUUGGAUCGAAGACCAUGAAAUGACGGUGGUCGAGAUCGACGGUAUUACGACUGAAAAGAACGUUACAGACAUGCUUUACAUUACUGUCGCUCAAAGAUACACGGUGCUAGUUCACACAAAAAACGAAACCGAUAAGAAUUUCGCCAUCAUGCAGAAAUUCGAUGAAACCAUGUUGGAUGUCAUUCCAGGUGAUUUGCAAUUGAAUGCGACUUCGUACAUGGUCUACAAUAAGUCCGCUUCUCUACCCACGCAAAAUUACGUGGAUUCAUUAGAUGAUUUCUUGGACGAUUUCUAUCUGCAACCAUACGAGAAGCAAGCCAUCUAUGGAGAGCCAGAUCAUGUGAUUACCGUUGACGUUGUCAUGGAUAACUUGAAAAACGGUGUGAAUUACGCUUUCUUCAACAACAUUACCUAUACUACACCAAAAGUCCCCACCUUAAUGACCGUUUUGUCUUCAGGCGAUCAAGCGAACAACUCAGAAAUUUAUGGUACAAAUACACACACCUUUAUCUUGGAAAAGAAUGAAAUCGUCGAGAUUGUUCUAAAUAACCAGGACACAGGUACCCAUCCUUUCCAUUUACACGGUCACGCUUUCCAAACCAUUCAGAGAGAUCGUACAUAUGACGAUGCCUUGGGUGAAGUUCCCCAUAGUUACGAUCCGGAUAAUCACCCCGCCUUCCCCGAAUACCCAAUGAGAAGAGAUACUUUGUACGUCAGACCACAAUCCAACUUUGUUAUCAGGUUCAAAGCCGAUAAUCCUGGAGUCUGGUUCUUCCAUUGUCAUAUCGAAUGGCAUUUGUUGCAAGGGUUGGGUCUUGUCCUCGUGGAAGAUCCUUUUGGUAUCCAAGAUGCUCAUUCCCAACAAAUCAGCGAAAACCAUUUGGAAGUUUGCAAAAGUUGCUCUGUUGCUACUGAAGGUAAUGCUGCUGCCAAUGCGGUAGAUUUUACCGACCUAACUGGUGAAAACGUUCAACAUGGUUUGAUUCCUUCUGGUUUUACUAAAAAGGGUAUUAUUGCCAUGACAUUCUCUUGUUUUGCUGGUAUUCUUGGUAUUAUCACCAUUGCGAUUUACGGUAUGAUGGAUAUGGAAGAUGCGACCGAAAAGGUUAUUCGAGACUUGCACGUGGACCCUGAAGUCUUGAUAAAAGACAUUGAUGAGAAUGAAGAACGUCAAGUAAACGACGAUCGUCAUUCAACUGAAAAACAUCACUUUUUAACUAAAGCUAAGAGUUUCUUCUAA